CACAAUCCUUGCAUCAGAAAGUCUCGAGAGAUAUGCCCACUACACUUCGUGCCUAAAGAACGAGAUUCUGUGCUUUGAUCUCAUUAUAACAUCAAAGUUUCCCUUCGCGCAGCCUGCGGGUGCAACUGACGUGAAAUACCGCACAACUCGGUUGGCACUGCCCACCGAGGCGGCGACCCCGCUGCGCUGCACUACGUUCUCAAUCGUAAAACGAACACUUAUCAUAGCGGCGCUCUAAGGACUGUAGACAAGUCAAUAUGGCUCCCGCUUCAGCCCUCGUCAACAAGCUCAAGGUGCAGCUCAAGCUCGCCAUAUCGCGACUGCGCAUGAUUCAGCAAAAGGACCAAGCUAUAGCCAAACAGCAACGUCGGGGCAUGGCUCAGCUGCUGGAAGAGAAGAAGCUCGAGUCCGCUCGCAUACGCGUUGAGAACAUCAUCCGUUCCGACAUCACAACUGAGCUGCACGAGAUCCUCGAGCUGUACUGUGAGUUGCUAAUAGCGCGGUCCCAACUGCUUGACACGGGUGCGACGCCGACGCUCAAUCUCCGCGGGAUGACGAGCAGCAAGGGGAGCGAGUUGGAUGUGGAGAUAGAUCCUGGGCUCGAGGAGGCCGUCAGAAGCAUCAUAUACGCCGCGCCUAGGACGGAAAUAAAGGAACUUCAUCAGGCGCGUGCACUGCUGAUUGAGAAGUUUGGCAAGGACUUUGCAUUGUCCGCCAUGAACGGGGAAGGCGUUGCGGAGCGCGUGCUCAAGAAGUUGAAGGUAGAAACCCCGUCUCCAGAACUGGUCGACAAGUACCUGCGCCUCAUCGCUGAGACGUACAAUGUCCGGUUUCCUGGUGACCCGGAGCCCGCGCCAGAAGAGGUAGACGACAGCGAUGGUGACGAUGGUGGCCAGCACGAGCCGGCUCUAGAAGCGCCACUUGAAGCAGGUGACCACAUUCCGCCUACGACGCCAAAAGGCGACGUGAAAGAUGACGUGAAGCCCAGCCCCAUACGCAUUGCUCCCGCAAGUCCGAGCACAGAGAACGUGAGCAACAAGCUCAAGUUACCCGACAAAGCCAGCGCGCCAAAGGUGAGCAGGCCACGGAAGCAGAGCUCAGAUGGCGGAGCGGGGGCCAAUACAAAGGGAAGCAAAGAGGAUGCGUUGGGAAAGAUUCCUGACAUUGACGACCUCGCGGCUCGGUUUGCGGCACUCAAGAGGUCAUAGUAGCUUCCCACAGCCUCCGAUGUCGUACAGAUAGAAGGCGUGUCGCCUACGACGUUCAAGUCGCCCGACCAUGAAGGCCUUGAAUAGAGGAGCUCGACCAAGGAAGGCACGUAGUUUUCUCACAGAAAAAAAGGGUCGUUCCAGAUUUCGCUUCGGCGAAGGCCAUGAUCGUUUUUAUUCCAAACCCGCGUUAAAGCCAUUAUCAUUACGAGUUUCUGUACAACACCACUGCACGCCGUAAAUGUUCAGAAAUGGAUUCGUCAGGCCCGGCCUCUAAAUGUGCCCUCGAA